AUGGCUAGUUAUACCACAAGUAGUAAAAAUUAUAAUAUGAAACUUAUAGAUACUCUUUAUAAUCAGGUUCCAGCGUUUACAGACAUCUUUGAUGAAGAAACGUGGUAUAUUUUUGUUGCCUGCUUUGUAGCAGGAACAUUUUUAGUUGCAUUUAUUCUUUCAAAAUUUAUUACAUUAAAACCUGUGGAAUAG